CAAGGGAUAUAAGUAAUCGAUAUUAGUAACGAAUUCUGAAACGCACUUACAUCGAUUAUAUCACUAAUUGUCAAAGUUGUCAUAUUUGCAGUCUGUCGAAGAAGAGUAAAAAUGGCAUUUGGUGACUAUCCAGCUGAGUAUAACCCAAAGGUCCAUGGACCAUACGAUCCAGCACGUUUCUAUGGCAAAGCUGAUGUGCCGUUCGGUCAAAUCAAAGUUGGUGAGAUUGGCGCUUGGUUGAGUCGCCGCAACAAGUCACCCCAAGCUAUUGCUGGUGCCGUUAGCCGUGCCUGGUGGCGCUGGCAGCACAAAUACGUGCAGCCAAAACGUGCAGGUGUUGCACCAUUUUUCCAGGUUACCCUUGCUGCUAUGACCUUCUUCUAUGUAAUCAAUUACGGUAAAAUGAGGCACCACAGAAAUUACAAAUAUCAUUAAGCAAUUAGAUUGAUAUAAAAAUACCGAUGCCGCAGAGUUAUGGCUCGUGCACUGUGAAAAUGUGUGAAGUUAUGAAAAAAUAAAAAUAAACUUGUAUAACUUUCGUGUUCCGUAUUUGCGAACAAUCGAAGUGUGGAAUAGAAAAUAAAUCAAUUUCCAAUUGAAACAAUUAUAAUUA